CGGAUUUUCAUUGAUUGAAAUCUUUGAAAAUUAAUUUUUGAAUCAUAAAAUCAAAACAAUACAAAGAAAUACCGCUGAUUUUGACAUUCAUCCAAUUACUUCUGACAAAUUGUUGUUUUUGGGCUAUCGAUACAACCUUAUAUAAUUAAUCGUGGUAAAUUACCGUGGCUCACAGCUAAAUAGGUGGCUCAUAGCUGUGUUAAGAGAAUAAAAUUCACAAAAAACGAGAAUAAGUUUUGUGUUGUCAUUGCAAUUUCAAUAGAUAUAAUUGGUAUUUUGACGAAAAUUUGGCAGUCCUACCUAAGCUUAAAUAUCGAUACUUGAUCAGAUAAAAAGCGCAUGCGCGAGAUAUCACAAAUUGAAACCAGCUGUUAUUGACAUUCUAGUGAAACCUAUUAGUGAAAAUCUAACAAAUAUUAAAAUAAAGAUUUUAUUUAGAAAUAUGUAAAUUUUAUGGCAUAUUAAGAAAUACUAAAUUUGUAUGAACAUUUAUAUAACAAAAUGGAAAAUUACCGAGAUGAAAGUGAUCAAGUAGUUAAAUUAAAAGAAGGUAUACAUAAAAAGUUUGCGGACUUGCGAGCGGCACUUCAAAUGAGGGAAAAGUUGUUAUUUAGGCAAUUGGAAGUAGUGGCAUCAACAAAGCAGCAUUUAACGGAAUGUGGGGCAGAAAACAAUAUUCUAUUUAAAUCCAGAACAAAUGAAGGUGAUGACAUAAAGAUAAUAUUUGAAGAUGAAGCUGACCUACUUCGUUCGAUUCGAUCCUUCGGCCGGUUUCAACUAGGGUCCAUGGUUUUAGCUCUUAAACAAGAGGAUUAUAUAACUCCCAACUGUGACCAUGAAAUAAUGUACAAAAAUAUUCAAUCUGAUGAAAAUCAAAGCAACUUAUUACCUCAAAAAAAACAAUUUUCCGAAGUUUCCGAUUCUGUUUCCGUUGAUUUUUCUAAAGAUAAAACUUUGAUUGAACAUAAUGUAAAAUAUAUAAAUGAUUCCAUAGUUAAUAUAACACUUGAGGAAGCUAAAGAACUUAUAAGAAGAACUCAAGUGAUAAAUCAAACGGCAAUACAUCAACUAAAUUUGGAAGAGUUGGAUGAUGAGCUGGAAUCUCCUCUUUUUGAAGCCGUAUCUAAUUUGAGCUGCGAUUCUUAUAAUAAGAAAAGUGAAAAUGGUAACAUGCCAAAUCUAUCGGCCAUAUCUUCUGUUAAAAGAACAAAAGCUGUUCGAAAUAAACCUAGAGUUACCAUUAACAAUUGCAACGGAAUUAUCAACCUUCGUAAUAUUUCUAGCGUAACAAUAAAUUGUAAUAAUGAGAAAUGUGACCAUCUUGACGACGUGAAAGUUUAUAAGAACAUGGCAGAUAUAUCGGAAAUUUCUACGCCCGGUUCAUUGGAUUCGUCCUCCAAUCAAUCCAGUAAUUCAAGCUCUAGAUCCCAAUCGAAAAAAGCCAAAAAAGACGCAAUUAAUACAGAGAAUCACAUUGAAGCAAAGAAACAAUCUAGUCUACAUUUACAUAACGUAUCAGUGGUUCCCAUAAAUAAUUACUCUACAAUAUCUUUCGAAGAUAAUGAUAGUGGUAAUACUGCAGCAACCGCCAAAGGUGAUGAAAUAACUUGCGACUUUUACAGUCGCUUGUUUAAUGAAAUCAAACGUAACAUGGAUGAAAAAAGACCACCGGUUGAUAUGGGGAUACUCAGAAAAACAGUAUCAUUACAUCCACAAAGAGGAUCAACCGAACAAAACAAUCCAAAUCCAGUUUUUUUGGAAGAAACUUUACAAACAGAACCGCAAUUAGUUUUAAAAAAUUUUGAAAAUCUUAACAUUUUUUUAAAAAAUGACAGACACAAUGAACCAAUCAGUUCAGUUCAUAUAGAACAUUGGUUAUCAGAGAUUAUUAAAGAUACAGAUUUAGAGCCAAUGCAAAACAAUGAAAUAUUAGAACAUAGCAAAUUGAAAUAGUAAUCAUAAAAAAUUUCCCGGUUUGUUAACGUUAAGUUCAGUAUUAUGAAAAUUCCACAUUAUUUUAAUGCCCAUCACACCUAUUAAUGUUUGUAUUUCUUAUAUAAAAAAAUUUCUUCAUAACUCAAAGUCGUAGAUUAAUAAUAAAACCCUCACGUACAUUUUUACAUAAAUAAAUAAAAUGAACUCAUUUUAUAAUGAAUUUGAAUAGGUUCUAUUGUUCUGUAUUUUAUAAACGUUUUUAUGCAAUCAAUUAUGUCAAUCAAAUUGAGUUAAGCAAAUUAGACAUUAACAUAUGGAAGUGAUGUGUACAAUAAAUAGAGAAAAUAGGUGUAAGCUAUAACAAUUGACUAUUUUGUCCCAAAAAAUAUUGAAAUUGUUUAAUCAAAACUUCUUUUGAAUAUUCUUCCAUAGAAUUUAUUGAUUAAAAAUAUUAAAUGGUUACUUCUGUAAAAUAAUAAUACAAGGAAAUAUUUCGAGACAUUUC